AGAUGGUGAGGUGAAGGAGGGUGGGCGUCUGGCAGGGUCUGCAGUUUCAGCAGAGUCGCUGCAGCCAUGGCCCCGAUCAAGGUGGGAGACACCAUCCCAGCAGAGGAAGGGUUUGAAGGGGAGCCAGGAAACAAGGUGAACCUGGCAGAGUUGUUUAAGGGCAAGAAGGGUGUGCUGUUUGGAGUUCCCGGGGCCUUCACCCCUGGCUGUUCCAAGACCCACCUGCCAGGGUUUGUGGAGCAGGCCGAGGCUCUGAAGGCCGAGGGAGUCCAGGUGGUGGCAUGCCUGAGUGUGAAUGAUGCCUUUGUGACUGGCGAGUGGGGCCGAGCCCACAAGGCGGAAGGCAAGGUUCGGCUCCUGGCUGACCCCACUGGGGCCUUUGGGAAGGAGACAGACUUAUUACUAGAUGAUUCGUUGGUGUCCAUCUUUGGGAAUCGACGUCUCAAGAGGUUCUCCAUGGUGGUACAGAAGGCCCUGAAUGUGGAACCGGAUGGCACAGGCCUCACCUGCAGCCUAGCACCCAACAUCAUCUCGCAGCUCUGAGGCCCUGGGCCAGAUCACUCUCUCUACCCCUCCCUAUCCCACCUGCCCAGCCCCGUGCCAGGGCCCUGCAGUUGGAACCUUGGCCAGAUUUCUGCAAUAAACUUUUGUGGCUUGUGACC